AUGACAGGAGAUUCGGAUAAUCAUCUGUUAAAUAUGAAUUUUGACGAUGAUGAUGACGAUUCAAUGAAUUCUUUACAUAAUGGAGCGAAGAAUACCAAUCAAUCAUCAAUAAAACGCCCGAAACCAACGUUAACAUGUAUUGUCUGUGGUGAUCAUGCUUUUGGAUACAAUUUCGAUGCUAUAUCAUGUGAAUCCUGUAAAGCAUUUUUUCGUCGCAAUGCAUUACGACCACCGGGUAGACUCAAAUGUCGUGGCAAUGGUCAUUGUGAAGUUACAGUAGAAAAACGGAAACGAUGUAAAAGGUGUCGAUUAGACAAAUGCUUUCGAAUGGGAAUGCGUAAAGAAUGGAUACUUUCCGAAGAAGAGAAACGUCGGAAACGAAACAAGAUCGAAGAAAAUCGUCAACAAAAGAAAAAAAGUGAUAGUAAUCGAAUCCGUCGUCGACGUAGUUUCAAAUCUGCUACCGUUGAGAAUAACCUGAUUCUCAACGAAUCUUCUCAUCAGACACAACAUGAUAUUUCACCUAUGACUGAUGCCGAUUGGGUUAUUAUUCGACAAGUUCAACAUGCCUACAGUGAAUCUAUUGCUUUAAAUAAAGUUAUUGGUGUACCUCCAUAUCCAGCCACACAACGUAUACGAUCUACAUUGGAACUGAUACGUAUUCCGACAUAUUUAGCAUCUAUUCGUCUAAUCACAUAUAUCAAGCAUAUUCCAGAAUUCGACUCCUUCCAUCCCGAUGAUCGUGUGCUGCUUGUGAAGUAUAACCUAUUAGCAGUGGUCUUCAUGCACACUGUUCUUUUAUAUAAUCCCGUGGCCGAUACAUAUCAUGAACAUAACACCGAAGAUCCUGUGUUUCAAGGAAAAGACUGGAUCGAUAUAUUGGGUAAAGAAUUCUAUCACGAUUUAACCGAUGUAGCAACCAGAUUAAUCGAAAUUUGCGAAUAUGAUCGUGUUAUUGUCAAAACCUUCUUAUUACUCAUUCUUACUACCAAAGGCUUUUGUGGUUAUGAUAUAGUUCAUGAACCAACAUUGAAAAAUCCAUCAGUUGUCCUCAACACUCAAAAUUUGUACCUUGAAACACUCUAUAGAUAUUGUUUGCAUCAAUAUGGUGAAAAAACAACCGUGUCGUUAUUUUCCCGCUCCCUUUGCUCAUUACUUGCUAUUCAAAGAUUAGCUGUUCAUCUCAAAGAUUUUGUACAUGUUCAUCUUGAUCCAUCACAAUUAUCACCGUUAAUGCAGAGCGUUCUGCAGUUGACUGAUUCCGACGCAGAUGAAUAA